AUGCUACAAUCACAUGGGGUCUUGUCCAGCUAUUUUGCCUCCACCUCCACCUGCAAACAUUCCACAUGUUAUCAACCCAGCCCCACCCGUUGUCAACCCAGCCCCGCCUGUUGUCAACCCAGCCCCGCCCGUUGUCAACCAAGUCCCGCCCGUUGUCAACCAAGCUCCACUCAUUGUCAACCCAGCCCACCCGUUGUCAAUCCAGCCCCGCCCAUUGUCAACCCAGCCCCGCCCAUUGUCAACCCAGCCCCACCCGUUGUCAACCCAGCCCCACCCGUUGUCAACAUUGUCAACCCAGCCCCGUGCGUUGUCAACCCAGCCCCACCCAUUGUCAACCCAGCCCCGCCUAUUGUCAACCCAGCCCCACCUGUUGUCAAUCCAGCCCCGCCCGCCUUUGUCAACCCAGCCCCACCCGUUGUCAAUCCAGCCCCGCCCAUUGUCAACCCAGCCCCGCACAUUGUCAACCCAGCCCCUCCCGUUGUCAAUCCGGCCCCGCCUGUUGUCAACCCAGCCCCACCCGUUGUAAACCCAGCCCAGCCCAUUGUCAACCCAACCCCGCCCGUUGUCAACCCAGCCCCGCCCGUUGUCAACCCAGCCCCGUGUGUUGUCAACCCAGCCCCGCCCGUUGUCAACCCAGCCCCACCCAUUGUCAACCCAGCCCCACCCGUUGUCAACCCAGCCCUCCCGUUGUCAACCCAGCCCCGCCUGUUGUCAAUCCAGCCCCGCCCGUUGUCAACCCAGCCCCACCUGUUGUCAACCCAGCCCCGCCCGUUGUCAACCCAGCCCCACCCGUUGUCAACCCAGCCCCACCUGUUGCCCAAGCAACCAGGAGGAACGCCAGGGAUGAUAGCUCAUGCACUAUCCUUUGAACAGCAACUGACAAGACAGGGACGUUUUAAUACUAUGUGCAACCACUGUCCAUAUAUAGUAGUAGUGCUCAGUUAUUUGGUAUUUGAUGUUGCGCUGCACAUUACGUUUUGCGAAACAUGCAGCUUUCAGUCCGUUUGA